AUGACAGCCAAAGGAAAUGUACAGCAGCUAGGGACGGACCAGCAGGUGGCUUUUGAAGAAGAGCAGUGGCACUCCUCUCAGCAAGAACAGCAUGCAGCAUCUUUACUACAGGCAAAUGGGGAAAAAUCAUACGGUUGCAUCGAGGCAGGCACGAAUGAGCCCAGCCACGAUGCCGAGACGGAGUUGGAGGAGGGGCAUGCCGAAGAAGAGAACAAUGAAGUCGCGCCGGUCGCAGAAGAUGAUAAAGUUCUUGCACUACUAGCGAACAAAAAAACCGGAAAAAAUAGUACUAAAAGAAGGCGAAGUAGUUGUAGUGCUGCAGCUCCUUUGAGCGACAACAGCAAAAAUCACUCGAAGAAACAAAAGGUUGCUGGCGAUGAACAAAAAGUGCCGGAAGAUGAUGCAGAAGUGUUUUUACCCGCAGAUGAAGAUGUUGAAAAGAUAAAGAAGGUCGCCCCCUCCAAAGCUGUUCCAAAAAAAUCAUCCAAGGGCGACGUGAAGAAGCAGGCCAGCGCGGCCAAGGCGAAAGGGAAUAAACAAGCGAAGGUGAUGAAAGGACAAAAGCAAAAAGUCCUCGCCGGUAAAAAAGAGGACAACCGAGUUGUAGUGGAUCCUGUAGUUCAUCUUGAGAGGAAGGAUUCUUUCAACGGAGUAGAGCAUCAUACGACCAAUGCUCACCUCCUGCCUAUCGCGGACGAGGAAAGGUCCGAUUCCGGUUCCUCGGACGACUUUGACCUGGAAGACCCCCUGGGGGAGAACAAGCAGCUGGUAUCGAGAGGAAAAAUCCCCCCUCCCCAUAUCGAAAAAGAAUGUUUCCAAAAAUUUGUGUUGCGGAUUUGAGGUCACAGAUCACAUCUGUCUUGCAAGAAGGCAAACCCAAAGAAUCCGCCGCCUUAUGGAGGCGAUUUGUAAUGCCGUUUCACCUACAUGGCAGGCCUCUCUGAUGCCAAGAGCCUACAACAAAACACCCCUACGCAGGCUGAGGCUUUGCCUGUAGUGCCUCGCUGCAAGACAGGGCUGAUUUGUGUACACAAAUCCAGCAACAGAAGUUUCCGUUUCAAUAUGGGGAGGAGGGAUUUUUCAUUUUGAUAGCUGGACCUGUUUGACCGGUGGCUGCGUGCCUACUACACGCUCCUGAAACCGGACCACGGGUGGAAGCCGGCGCCGUUGGCGGAGCUUUUGGUCAAGUACCACCAAACGCACGACCCGAACCGGGCCACCGGGCACCACGUCAUGGAGCCCCUGGUCAUCGCCCAGCAACGCGGCAUUUCCUUCUACGACGACAUAGUUUUCGUGCUGCUCGCGUACGAGGCGGAGGUGCUGGGUUUGGAGAAAGAAAGGGAGGAGGAAGUAGAGAAAAGAGAGCGCGGAGGAGGUCGUGUACAAGGAGACUCGGGCGGUGGAAAUUCAUCCUCUUCUUCCCUUUUGGGUAGCGGUGGCGACGGGAAGAAUAUUGUUCCUCCGCUGGAGGUCGUACCCGAAAUGAUGCAGAACAUAAUGGAGUCAAGCGAAGAGGAAGAAGAACAACUUCUUGCAGAACAAGACACGACAAGUGCCCCCUCCACCGGCAAAAAUAAACCACGACACAAGUACCCGCUGUUAGAAGAGGAUUCGUCCGGAGCAGCCGCGCCCGAGCUCCUGAAUACGCCCCGUUCCUGGCCGCACUUCAAGCGGUUUUUCCAGCGGUCCGGCGCGAGCGUCGUGGCGUCCAUCGACCGCAGGCGGGGGGAGGUGUACCAGGAGGUGUGGGAGUUUUUGAUUUCCAUUCUCCUCCCCUUCGUGCGGGGCCAGCGGAACGUACUGGUGGAAAGACAGCGGCUGGAGCAAGUCGCGGAACUUCUUGCGGUAGAAAAGGAGGAAAAGAGGAAGAUGAACACUGAGGACUGGAUGACCACGGCUGAUGGAGUUCUGGGAAAAUCUUCUACAGCUGCUUCUACUUCUGGCUCAGCAUCAAGUUCGACGAGCUCCUGCUCGAAACUACCGGGACAGAAGCGAGGACCAGCUGCUUGUUCCAAUCAUUCCCUGCGGCCGGAUCUGGCGGCGCUGCUGCCGGAAUCCUGUUUCACGAGGACCACGACGGCAACCGCGACCUCCUCCACACCCUGUACAGCAUCAUCAGGAGUUGUCGAAGGUACUAAAAGUAAAAACCACACGAAAAUAAAUAAAGACCACGCAUUCAUCUUCGAAAUCGACCUGCGGCUCUCCGCCUUUUACCUUCUCGUCGCGUUUUUCUACAGCCAGAAGAACUUCUUUCGCGACAAAGUGGUUGUUUCUAAGCGGUCCAAAUACGCGCUACUGGACCAACACGCGAACCUGGAGCACUGGCUGCCGAACAAGCGGCGUUUCUACAACCACUACAUUUGUCCGAUCACGCUGGACGAGAAAACCUUCCAAACCCUGGCGGAGUACUUCCACCGCGACACGGCCGGGUUCCGCACGCGCGCGGCCCCGCUGUGGCGGCGGGUGUACCUGCAGGACCGGUGCGUCCAGGUGUCCGCGUUCACCUACGGCUACCGAAGCAUGUGGACCAGCGGCACGCGCGGGCGGGUGCGGCAGUACAAAAACAGCAGCGUGGAGCAUGACGACGGCUACUGGGCGCGGUACGUGGACGUGCGGAACAGCGAGCUGCGGUACGGGGCGGAUUUGGUGGUGGAUGCGGACAAAAACAGCUUUGAAAUUGUCGACGAGAAGACGGGGAAGUUGCUCCGCCCGAAAAAAGUGCAAAAAAGCCGGUACACCAAGGAAGAAGCAAGCGAAACUGCUAGAAGUACCAAUAAACGAAAAUCCAAGGCGGAUGUGCUCGGGUGGGACCGGGAAAUGCAGCUCCAGAUGGAAUUCGACCGCCGCGGGCUGCCGCGCCCGCGGACCUUGGGUGCGGAGUUGCGGGAGGGGUACCAGGAACUCUGGAAGGCGACCGGGAGUGGCUGGCAGGGGCGCGAGGACACCCGGAUUGAGGAAAUGAAGGCGGGG